CCGGGGGGUGGGGGGCGCGCGCCGCCCCCCGGGCCGGCCAUGGACGUGAGCAGCGGCGCGGGCGCCGGCGACCCGCGGCAGCCCGAGGAGACGAAGCCGCUGCUGGCGGGCGACGCGGGCCCCGAGGCCGCGAGGAUGGGCGCCGCGCCGUGCCGCCGCGCGCUGCUGCUGUGCCACGGCAUGCGCUACAAGCUGCUGCAGGAGGGCGACAUCCAGGUCUGUGUCAUCCGCCACCCGCGCACCUUCCUCAGCAAGAUCCUCACGUCCAAGUUCCUGAGGCGCUGGGAGCCGCACCACCUCACGCUGGCCGACAGCAGCCUGGCGUCCGCCACGCCCACCGGCUACAUGGAGAACUCCGUCUCCUACAGCGCCAUUGAGGACGUGCAGCUGCUGUCCUGGGAGAACGCCCCGAAGUACUGUUUACAGCUCACCGUCCCCGGGGGGACCGUCCUGCUGCAGGCUGCCAACAGCUACCUACGAGACCAGUGGUUCCAUUCCCUGCAGUGGAAGAAAAAGAUUUACAAGUACAAGAAGGUCCUGAGCAACCCCAGCCGCUGGGAGGUGGUCCUGAAGGAGAUCCGCACCCUGGUGGACAUGGCGCUGACCUCGCCGCUGCAGGACGACUCCAUCAACCAGGCGCCCCUGGAAAUCGUCUCCAAACUGCUCUCGGAGAACACGAACUUGACUACCCAGGAACACGAGAACAUCAUCGUGGCCAUCGCUCCUUUGCUGGAAAACAACCACCCGCCACCAGACCUCUGUGAAUUCUUCUGCAAGCACUGCAGGGAGCGGCCCCGGUCCAUGGUGGUCAUCGAAGUGUUCACCCCCGUGGUCCAGAGAAUCCUUAAGCAUAACAUGGACUUCGGGAAAUGCCCACGGCUGAGGCUCUUCACUCAGGAGUACAUUCUGGCACUGAACGAGCUCAACGCGGGGAUGGAAGUGGUGAAGAAGUUCAUCCAGAGCAUGCACGGCCCCACCGGGCACUGCCCUCACCCCCGGGUCCUGCCCAACCUGGUGGCCGUGUGCCUGGCCGCCAUCUACUCCUGCUACGAAGAGUUCAUCAACAGCCGCGACAACUCCCCGAGCCUGAAGGAGAUCCGGAACGGCUGCCAGCAGCCCUGCGACCGGAAGCCCACCCUGCCCCUGCGCCUUCUGCACCCCAGCCCGGACCUGGUGUCUCAGGAAGCCACGCUGUCGGAGGCGCGGCUCACCUCGGUGGUCGUGGCCUCCAGCGAGAUCCACGUGGAGGUGGAGCACAGCAGCACUGCCAAGCCGGCGCUGACGGCCAGCGCGGGCAACGACAGCGAGCCCAACCUCAUCGACUGCCUCAUGGUCAGCCCCGCCUGCAGCGCGCUGAGCAUCGAGCUGGGGCCCCAGGCCGACCGCACGCUCGGCUGCUACGUGGAGAUCCUCAAGCUGCUGUCAGACUAUGACGACUGGAGACCGUCGCUGGCCAGCUUGCUUCAACCCAUUCCAUUCCCCAAAGAAGCCCUCGCACACGAGAAGUUCACCAAGGAACUGAAGUACGUGAUCCAGAGGUUCGCCGAGGACCCCCGACAAGAGGUGCACUCAUGCCUGCUGAGCGUGCGGGCCGGCAAGGACGGCUGGUUCCAGCUCUACAGCCCCGGAGGGGUGGCCUGUGACGACGACGGGGAGCUCUUCGCCAGCAUGGUGCACACCCUCAUGGGCUCCUGCUACAAGACCAAAAAGUUCCUGCUGUCCCUGGCGGAAAACAAGCUGGGGCCCUGCAUGCUCCUGGCCCUGCGGGGCAACCAGACCAUGGUGGAGAUCCUGUGCCUCAUGCUGGAGUACAACAUCAUCGACAACAACGACACGCAGCUGCAGAUCAUCUCCACACUCGAGAGCACGGGCGCCGGCAAGCGCAUGUACGAGCAGCUCUGCGACCGGCAGCGGGAGCUCAAGGAGCUGCAGAGGAAAGGCGGGCCCACCAGGCUGACACUGCCCUCCAAGUCCACGGACGCAGACCUGGCGCGUCUGCUGAGCUCCGGCUCCUUCGGAAACCUGGAGAACCUCAGUUUGGCCUUCACCAACGUGACCAGUGCCUGCGCCGAGCAGCUCAUCAAACUGCCUUCCCUCAAGCAGCUCAACCUGUGGUCCACUCAGUUUGGAGACGCGGGCCUGCGGCUCCUGUCGGAACACCUCACCAUGCUGCAGGUGCUGAACCUGUGUGAGACGCCCGUCACGGACGCCGGCCUGCUGGCCCUCAGCUCCAUGAAGAGUCUCUGCAGUUUAAACAUGAACAGCACCAAGCUCUCGGCCGACACCUACGAGGAUCUGAAGGCCAAGCUGCCCAACCUGAAGGAGGUGGACGUGCGCUACACGGAGGCCUGGUGAAGCCGCAACGCAGCCGACUCAUAGACGUAGCGCCGGGCCUGGGGGUGCCCCCCGCCAGCGCCCCGGCUGUGAGCUAGAUGGGGGAGUCUUUCCGGGGGCAGAGGGCGGAGGGGGGAGGGGGUGGGGAGGGGGCCGUCAGCACGCCCAGCCCCCGCCUAAUUCUUUUAGCUUCGUAAUUGGAAACUUUGACUUGAUUAAACGGACUUUGUAGCAGCCAGCGUGGCGGGCGGGAGGGGGCGGGCGGGAGGGGACCCUGUGUGGAUUUUCUUUGCCUUUGUGUUUAACCGCCGCGUGGCGGCAGCUCCAACCAACCACGACCAUCUCGUGACCCCGGUGGGCUGGGGGGAGGGGGGCGCCCAGGGCUGCUCGCCUCCUCUGGGGAGGUGGCACCUGCCUUGCGACCCCCGCACCCUCCACCCCCCUCCCCGUUGGGACCAGAAGACCCAGCCGCCGGCCCGGCCCGUGUCCGCGUCGCUGUGCAAAGUGAUUCUCGUUGUACAUAAGAUGGAAAUAACGCGCCUAUUUAAGAAACGUCGGCAGGUCCGUGGGUCUGGGACCUGUCCCUUAUUUAUGAAGUCUCGACCCUCGCCCGCCCCAGGCCUGUAGCACUGUCGGAACUGCUCAGCGUCUGUCUGUCUGUCUGUGGGGGUAGUGGUAGUGUUAUUAUUAUUUUUUUAAAAGGAAACAGACAAAAAAAAAAAAAGAACCAACCUCCUUGGAAAAUUAAUUGCUUUUUCCUAAUGGAUUCUGUAUGCUAAUGCUCUCUUGUCCUUCCGUCUGUCUGUCCGUCUGCCCGCCCCAAGCUCCCGCCGCUGGGCCCGAUGUCUCCGACUCCCUCCUGGGGUGUGGAGGUCAGGCGGAGGGUGGGGAGAGGAGGAAGCGGGUCCCCAUCUUGCAGUGCUCCUCUGAGGCCCAGCCUUAGACGUUCGGAGGGGGGGUGCUAACUGUCCCCCAGGCCCCUCCCGACAGCCCCCCUCUCUGGCCCGGACUCGAGACUCCAGGCCCUGUGCAUGCCACCCCCGCCUCUCUGCAUGGUCUCCUGGGAGGAGAGACGCCUCCCCCAGCCUGACUGCCCCCACGCGUGUCACCGCCGCUGGGCGGAUGCCCACGCCGUCCCGAAGACGAACCGAUCUCCAUUUCUUUUCUAAACAGUCGGCUUUUCCUCAAGACCCUCCCUGUACAGAACAGCCCUUCCCGGCUACUUGGGGCCCCUCCCCCCCCCCAGCCCCAUUUUUCUGUUGGUUUAGCACAAAAUACACCCGCCACACCCUGUCCCUCUCCAGCACCUCCGAACCGUCCCCUCCCCCCCACCCCGUCGAUGUAAUUGUUUUAUAUCUAUUUAAUCUUAUUCAAUGGACACCGUGCUUUUGUUGUUUUAUACUUUGCUAGGUAGACUUUAUUACCCCCGACGAGGCCCUCAUUUUAUAAAAAAGGAGAAAAAAAAAGAAACCCGGUUUCCGUCCCGAGCCCCUCUCCGUGCCCGUGCGUGCGUGUACGUGUGCGUGCCCCGCUCCGUGUUCCCGUCUCGUUUCUCCACCCUCUCGUCGUCCUCAUGGUUGGGUUCGGUUCGGUUCUCUGCCCUCGGAGCCGGAAGCCGAGACGACGCCCCCCGCCCCCGCCCCGCUGCUUCUCCCGAUGGUGAUAGUACUGUCACGUAGCCGUGUUCAGAGAUGUGAAAAACUUUCAGGCAAAAAUAAACUGUAAGUGACUCAUCGA